GUUGUAUGUGAAACUGCCAGUCUGUAGGACCUAUAGGUGACCAAAGCAGUGCCUGUUUAGUCAGUAACGGGUUUCAUUCUCCAUUUACCGAUUUGUUAUACAUUUCUGCUCUCGUUUAAGCAUUUUGUUUUACGAUCAGCCUGGAGAACGACAGCCCCGGAGGAGGAGGUGGGGGGCUCGGUUGUUGCGAAGCUCAGUAGGCCACAAUCGGAGACAUGAAUCUUGAGCUUCUGGAAUCGUUUGGGCAGAAUUACCCAGAGGAGGCAGAUGGCACCUUGGACUGCAUUAGCAUGGCCCUCACCUGCACUUUUAAUAGGUGGGGGACACUUCUUGCUGUUGGUUGUAAUGAUGGCCGUAUUGUCAUCUGGGACUUUUUAACUAGAGGCAUUGCUAAAAUUAUUAGUGCACAUAUCCAUCCAGUGUGUUCACUCUGCUGGAGCAGAGAUGGGCACAAGCUUGUCAGCGCUUCUACUGAUAAUAUGGUGUCACUCUGGGAUGUACUAAGUGGAGAUUGUGACCAGCGGUUCAGAUUCCCUUCUCCCAUUCUCAAAGUUCAGUUCCAUCCCAGAGACCAGAACAGAGUUCUGGUGUGUCCUAUGAAAUCUGCACCGGUCAUGAUCACACUGUCAGACUCCAGUCAUGUUGUUUUACCUGUGGAUGAGGAUUCAGACCUUAAUGUUGUAGCAUCUUUUGACCGACGGGGUGAAUAUAUUUACACAGGAAAUGCAAAGGGCAAGAUCUUAGUCUUAAAGAUGAACAGUCAAGACCUGGUAGCGUCUUUCCGAGUUACAACUGGGACCAGCAACACAACAGCUAUCAAAUCCAUAGAGUUUGCACGGAAAGGAAGCUGCUUCUUGAUAAACACAGCAGACCGAAUAAUCAGGGUUUAUGAUGGACGGGAGAUUCUGACCUGUGGGAGAGAUGGGGAGCCAGAACCCAUGCAGAAGUUACAGGAUUUGGUUAACCGGACGCCCUGGAAAAAGUGCUGCUUCUCUGGGGACGGUGAGUACAUUGUAGCCGGCUCUGCGCGGCAGCAUGCUCUCUACAUCUGGGAAAAGAGUAUUGGGAAUCUGGUGAAAAUUCUGCAUGGAACACGCGGUGAACUGCUCUUAGAUGUUGCUUGGCAUCCGGUCCGGCCUAUCAUUGCUUCCAUUUCCAGUGGUGUGGUCUCUAUAUGGGCUCAGAACCAAGUGGAAAACUGGAGUGCAUUUGCCCCGGACUUUAAGGAACUUGAUGAAAAUGUAGAGUACGAGGAACGGGAGUCUGAAUUUGACAUAGAGGAUGAAGAUAAAAGUGAACCAGAACAGACAGGAGGGGAUGCUGCUGAGGACGAAGAGGUUGAUGUAACCAGUGUAGAUCCCAUUGCAGCAUUUUGCAGCAGCGAUGAGGAACUUGAGGAUCACAAGGCCUUAUUGUACCUUCCCAUUGCACCUGAAGUGGAGGACCCUGAAGAGAAUCCAUAUGGGCCUCCUCCGGAUCCAUCGCAGACGGCAGUAAGUGAAGAUGGAGCCGGUGCCGAUAAAAAGAGACCGGCCACAUGUGACGGAGUGCAGCCACCCAAGAAGAAGCCAAAGACCACUAUGAUUGAGCUUCAAGGUGUACCCAAUGACGAAGUUCACCCGCUGCUGGGCGUUAAGGGGGACAGUAAAUCCAAGAAGAAACAAUCAGGACGGCCAAAAGGAACUAAAGGUAAAGAGAGGGACUCUUCGUUUAAACCGAAAACCUGCAAAGGGGAAAGGGGCUUGUCUAUGGAGGCAGCAAUGAAAAGCAAAUCUCCAAAUGAGCUGCCCCAUGUCCUAACAGGAGGUGGUGCAAUUUCUGAGCUCCUGUAAGUAUUUGGAUUCAUGUGUCAUGCACUGCACUUCAUUGCUGUCAAAAAACAAGAUCUUUCAGAAGACAGGCUAUUUCCAUUACACUUACGUGCGGCAAGAAAUUGGCAACAACUUAGGAAGUUCGGGAGCCUCCUACCAUGUGAAGCUGGAUGCCGCUCUAAGUAGCAUUGGACGUCUCUCCCCUUGCUGUUGGACACAGCAACGCAACAUUUACAACAUCUGUCACUUGGGAAUUUUCACCCAUUAAUGUAUGACUCUUGCAGUUUAACUACAUUUAAUCAUGUUUUCUCGUGUUUAUUGUUUCAAGAAGAAAAGUUGCUCUUUCUAUUUUUAUACCUUAUUUUCCUAAAACGUAUGUACAGGACGGCAAUUCCGAUUCUUCUGCAGAUGUUUGUCUGUUCUUCACAAGUAGAAGAUAUUCUCAAAAUGCAUGUUAUUCCUUCAGUACAUGAGCGAACUGUGUAUAGAACAAGGGAACAGUUACAACAGCUGUUUCUUCCCAUUUCCUGCGUCAGCCAGACAAACCAGAUUUCUUGUUGAGGAGACUGCAUUUUAUUUUAAUAAUAUUGUUUAGGUUUUUUUUUUUUUAUUCCUGACUUGUAGAUACAUUUUUGAUCCCAUGGAUUUAAUUUCUACCCUAGCAGGGGAAAUAAAAUUUCCUUGUUUUGUUUAUA